GUCACGUGACCACGAGUAUCGGCCCUCGCUUAGAAGCGGAAUAGAUGCGUUAGGGUUGGGGGGUGUUGGGGGGCGUUGGUGGGCGGCGGGGCAAGAUGGCGGCGCACCUGUCCUACGGCCGAGUGAACCUGAACGUGCUGCGCGAGGCGGUGCGCCGGGAGCUGCGCGAAUUCCUGGACAAGUGCGCGGGAAGCAAGGCAAUAGUGUGGGAUGAAUACCUCACAGGGCCGUUUGGGCUGAUCGCGCAGUACUCCCUGCUGAAGGAGCACGAAGUGGAAAAAAUGUUCACCCUGAAAGGAAGCCGUUUGCCGGCAGCUGACGUGAAGAAUAUUAUUUUUUUUGUCAGACCCAGGCUAGAACUGAUGGACAUUAUCGCUGAAAACGUGCUCAGCGAAGACAGGCGGGGCCCGGCGAGGGAUUUCCACAUCCUGUUCGUGCCCCGGCGCAGCCUGCUGUGCGAGCAGCGGCUGAAGGACCUGGGUGUCCUGGGCUCCUUCAUCCACAGGGAGGAGUACGGCCUGGACCUCAUCCCCUUUGACGGGGACCUCUUGUCCAUGGAGUCGGAGGGUGCCUUCAGAGAGUGCUACCUGGAGAGCGACCAGACCAGCCUGUACCACGCAGCCAAGGGGCUGAUGACCCUGCAGGCCCUGUACGGGACCAUCCCCCAGAUCUUCGGGAAAGGAGAGUGUGCGAGGCAAGUGGCCAACAUGAUGAUCAGGAUGAAGAGAGAGUUUACAGGGAGCCAGAAUGCAAUAUUUCCCGUUUUCGAUAACCUCUUGCUGCUCGACCGAAACGUGGAUUUGUUAACACCUCUCGCCACUCAGCUUACGUACGAAGGACUCAUCGAUGAGAUUUACGGCAUCCAGAACAGUUAUGUGAAGUUACCGCCGGAGAAAUUUGCGCCCAAGAAGCAGGGCGACGGCGGGAAGGACCUUCCCACGGAGGCCAAGAAGCUGCAGCUGAAUUCCGCAGAGGAGCUGUACGCCGAGAUCCGGGACAAGAACUUCAACGCGGUGGGCUCCGUGCUGAGCAAGAAAGCCAAGGUGAUCUCGGCGGCGUUCGAGGAAAGGCACCACGCCAAGACGGUGGGGGAGAUCAAGCAGUUCGUGUCCCAGCUGCCCCACAUGCAGGCGGCCAGGGGCUCGCUGGCCAACCACACCUCGAUCGCGGAGCUGAUCAAAGACGUCACGACUUCCGAGGACUUCUUCGAUAAGCUGACGGUGGAGCAGGAGUUUAUGUCUGGAAUAGACACGGAUAAGGUCAACAGCUACAUCGAGGACUGCAUCGCCCAGAAGCACCCUCUGAUCAAGGUGCUGAGGCUGAUUUGCCUCCAGUCUGUGUGCAACAGCGGGCUCAAACAGAAAGUUCUGGAUCAUUACAAACGAGAGGUUCUCCAGACGUACGGCUACGAGCACCUCCUGACCCUGCACAGCCUGGAGAAGGCCGGCCUGCUGAAGCCGCAGGCGGGUGGCCGGAACAGCUACCCGACCAUCCGGAAGACCCUGCGCCUCUGGAUGGACGACGUCAACGAGCAGAGCCCCACGGACAUCUCGUACGUGUACAGCGGCUACGCCCCCCUCAGCGUGCGGCUGGCGCAGCUGCUCUCCCGGCCCGGCUGGCGCAGCAUCGAGGAGGUGCUCCGCAUCCUCCCGGGCCCGCACUUCGAGGAGCGGCAGCCCCUGCCCACGGGGCUGCAGAAGAAACGUCAGCCGGGAGAAAACCGGGUCACCCUGGUCUUUUUCCUCGGGGGCGUGACCUUCGCCGAGAUCGCCGCCCUGCGCUUCCUGUCCCAGCUGGAGGAUGGGGGCACCGAGUACGUCAUCGCCACCACCAAACUGGUGAACGGGGCCACCUGGAUAGAGUCCCUGAUGGAGAGACCCCUGUAGGGCGCUCGGGGCGGGCCGGACGGUGAGCUGCGGGGUGCGCCGCCCGCCGAAGAUGCCGUUGGGAGGGAGUGCGGCCCCACGGGGGAGACCGCCAGAGUGCAGCGUGCACCUCCGGGGCGGCCCCCUCCAGUUAGGCUGGUCUCCCCUUCCUCCUCCUCCUCCUCCUCUGGGUUCCUAGCUGCCUGAGAAAAGAAGAACAGGGGAGAACAGUUUUGAGUGUCCUGAGCUCAGGAUCUCCGUGGGAGACCUCUGGAAACAGGCUGAGGACGGUGGGGCUGGAUCGUCUGUACAGCCACACACAUGGGGCCCGGCCAUCAGACAAGAAGGCAGGGUCCAGGCAGGUUAAAAAUGGAAAUAAAAGUGGAAAGUCCGACCCCUGAGAAGUAGAGCCAGAUUUCUUGAAGUCACAGGCCUAGGGCGGUGGUUAGGCGUUGGGAGCUGGGGACAGUUUGGCCACCGAGGCGAGAUUUCCUUUUCCCGCCCAGUGGGGCACAGGAUGCCCAGCGUCCCCGGCUCUCUGUCUCCCCUAAUCAGUAAGGCAGGUCUGAUUCCUUGUGCUGUGGCUUGUUGGAGUCUACGAAGCGAGAGAUCUGGGGGAGCUCCUUUCCCCGAAGCCAAGUGUAUGAUCGGUCCGAUCAGCUGCAUCUGUGGUACUUGCCCAGGGCUUUUUACGCAGAGGGGGGAGGGGGCGCUGCUCGGGAGCAGCUUCCUGAGAAGCGAACCAUCCGAGGACCCUUGCUCAGAGCACAUGUCCCUGACUCCCAGACCCUGCAGUGGUGGGUGCCGUUCCCUGCCCUGCCCGUCGUGGGCCCAACGCCCAGCUGGCCCCGCCCUGAGUGACAGCACCCUUGCUGCUUCAGUGUCUUGCUGCUCCGUCUCCCUGGUAACCACCACCUGGACGUCCGUAGCUGUCCGUGGCCGCUCACACUCAGCCCCUGGUGUUUGCCUUCAUUGAAAACACCCAGUUCCGCGUCAGUCCCUUGUCCAGUGACCUUGGCCGCCUGUGACACAGCUUGUGGGUGACUUUGGAGGCCUGCAGCCACAGCGGCCACUCCUCCCGCGGGGACGGCCAGCCCAGGGGAGAGACAGGCGGGGUGUGGGUGCGUCACCCCAGCAUCUGGGGGAGUUAACGCCAAACCGACGUUUGCACAGCCCAAGUCUCCAGCAAAAUGAGCUGGUCCCCCUCUCUGCUGGGGGACCCAAGUCAGUGCCCGCCCCAUGGUUAAUCCUCCCCAGGGUUCCAUGGUUAAUUAGCAACCACACGUUUUUCCUCACUUUUUUCCAUUAGUGGCAUUCUCUUAGGCACAUUGCAUGUUAUGAAGUGAAAGAGAAAUGCUGUACAUAUUUUUAAAGAUUUUGCUUAUUUAUUUUUAGAGGGGGAAGGAGGGAGAAAGGGAGGGUGAGAAACAUUGACCAGCUGCCUCUUGCUCGCAUCCCAACCGGGGACCAAACCCGCAGCCCAGGCCUGGGCCCUGCCCGAGAAUCCAGCCAGUGACCCCUCACUUAGCGGGAGGACUCCCGACCCACUGGGCCACAUGGUCAAGGCAAAAUUCUAUAUAUAUAUUUUUUAAAAAUCUGUUCAGUAUAAGAAUGGGGGGGGUAGAAGAGGUAAUAUUUAAAAGAUCUGUUUGUCCUUAAUUGGCCUUGGCAUUCGGUAUUUGGAAACUGUCUUAAUGGGAACAAUUCCUGUUUUAGAAACUCCCUGCUCAGACCCUCGCUAUCCCAGGGAGAUUAGUUUAUGCCUCCCAGCCCCGGCCGCUGCUGUCGGCCCCUGCCGCCGGGCGGAAUGAAGUGCGCAUUGUCCCGCCGCGUUUCUGGCUCGUGGGAUUCCAUUCUCAAGUCCACUCGGGUCUCCUGGGCUGGGGUUUCUCGCCCGUGAACAGACACUCGGCUGCGUCUCAUGUGUCUGCAUUCACUCUCGGCCCUCCGCUCGCCCGCUCGGAGCACCAUUCAGUCAGCACCUGAAAGUGCAUUCCCCCGAAGACUCAGAAACAUCAAUUGCUUCAUUUGUAUGCAAAUAGAAAGUGGUGGAUAAUUAUAUAU